AUACACACAGUAGUUUAGCGUGUGGAUCUAGCGUUUUCGUGCUGUCCUCUCUCUCUCUCUUUUUAUACACAAUCUGCAGAAUCGCACCGUUUUGGAGGCUUUUAUUAAAAAGGGUCAUCAUGAGUGAAGAGGAGCUCUUCGUGAACAUCGAUCUCAACGACGACAAUGUCUGCAGUAUCUGUAAAGUGGAAACGGACGCGGGCACGCUGUCCUUCUGUCACGUGUGCUUCGAGCUCAGUAUUGAGGGCAUGACGAGGUCGACACUCCUGCACUCCAAGUCUUCCAGAGGUCACAGAGACUGCUUUGAAAAGUACCACCUGAUAGCCAACCAGAAACUCUCGCGAACCAAAGUCUCCACAAGCACCUACGAAGGAGUGAAAAAUGUCCUGAGCCAAAAAAUCAACUGGAUCAUUCAGUACGCGCAGAACAAAGACUGUGCGGAGGAAGCGGGGGCUCGCCGGGGCUCCAGGCAGCUCCUCUGCUACACUCAGCAAGGAGACAGGACGCUCGUCCCCCAGGCCGAGGCCCCCGUGCCACGCUACGCUCCUCGCUGGGACAGGGGCUCUGGGGCGGGGCUCCCGGACUACACCACAGCCAUGCUGGAGUGCAGCUCCACCAGCGGCCUGAGGCUCAGCGGACCGGCGGGCCAGGGGUCCUCGCUGUGCUCCGGAAGUGUUCUAUGGGCCGGUCAGGCUGAGAAGCGGCCUGGCGAUGCCAGAGACUCUGUGCAGAGGAGACACAAACACCAUGGCAGAGAGCAGCUCAGCACAAUGAGUGUUGAAGAGCUGGUGCAGCUGAAUGAAAAGCUUCUACGACAGAUUCAGGUGGUGUUCGAGGAGCUCACCCAGGCAGUACAAAACAAAGAUUCUCUGUCCUCGGAGCUCCAUGUGAGACACAUUGCCAUCGAGCAGCUGUUCAAGAAUGGCUCCAAGCUGCCAUGGCUUCCCAUCGGGAGAGCUGGGAUCAAGAGCAGUAGCACCACAGUGGAAUAGGGGCAGAGUCCGUCUCUGUGGGGAGCCCCGCGUUCCUGAUGCUAAUGGACACCAAUGGGAGUGAAAUGGUCAAUGUGCACCUCUUCCAGCUCCGUGAGACACACCCACCCCACCCAGCGCUUUCAUCCCUGAGAUAAUAAACAGUGUGCAGUGUGGCUGAGGGGAUUGCAACCCCUCCCCUCCUCUGACCCCGACUCAACAUAGGAAAAGGGCAGACGUGUUGAAAGUGAAUGUUGCGGAGUGGGUGGGAGCGGGGCGGUGUGUUCCUCAAGCCAGUGCUGGGUAUCGACGGAUCAACAAACACCAGAGAUAAACAGGCUGCUGUUGGGUCUCCAUGCUGAACACACGUUGAUGUGAUGCCAGCGCUUACUGCCACAGGAUACCCUGUUCAAGGACUCGUCGGUCUGUUCUCUAAUGAUGCUCCGCGCUGGCUGGGCGACCCCCCCCCCCCCCCCCCACCCCCGUGCAGUGAAAUGAAAACGACGUGCUGGCCUGGGUCAGGUUUCACCCUCGGGAGAGUUAAGGGUGAACUUUGACUCCUGAAGACAGACGGGGCUCUUCUCCCAAUGCUGGGGGUUUGGGAUUUGAAUGAAGAGGAGGUCUGGAACCCGUUCAUUUUAAAAGUGCAGGAAAAACAUGUACCAAUGAAUCUGCAAAGAGACGUGGAGGACAUGUGCUUGAACUCUUUACAGGAUUGACAUGCGAGGAGAGUUGGGGUCUCUGCAGCUCUGUGUGUGUGUGUGUGUGUGUGUGUGUGUGUGUGUGUGUUAAAUUACACUGUAGAUUGUUACCCCUUUCAGCCUACUGCAGUGUUUUUUUUUUCUUUUUCUUUUAAGAAUUCAGUUAUUUGAAGUUGUGUUUUUUUAAUAUAUGUUUUUCUUCACUGUUUGGUUUUGUAGUUGCCAGAAACAGUAUUACAAUUUUCAACUUUUAAACACAGCCAGGAUUCGUAUUUUAAGUUGUAUCGGUAUCUGCAAAAGUUAUUUCUUUAGUUUUUAUUAUUAUCGUUGUUUUUUGUGCUGUUGUAUCUAAGCGCUGCAAACUCCAUUUGUCAAGCUAGUUAGAUCUAAAAUAUUUUCAAUAAUUGUUGUAUUUUUUACUUUUUUUUUUUUCAUACUCCAAAUUGGUCUCGGUCUUAUGGAAGCCCAUUCCACCACCCGAAAGAAAAAAACCCUCUUCAAGUCAGAAUUCCGACCUGAGCCAAUCCGAGUUCUGAGAAUCUACCCGGAAUUCUGAUUUUUUUUUUUUUUUUUUUUUUUUUUUUUGGUGGCAUAAUGAGCUUUCGGAAGAUCUAACCCACUCCCAGUUUACAUUGAGCUUCUUAUACCACAGACUACAAGAUGCACUAGAUAAACAAGCACGUGCUCAUGCCUGCUGGCUGCUGUGGAUCGUAACCACGGAGACCUCUGUCUCUGGAACCCUGAUGCCUGGACCGUGUUCUGUUCAAAUAAUACUUCAUAUACCCUCUGAACCUGCGCAAUGAUAGUUACUGCUGGAUCUGCUUAGGGGCCAUGCUGAGUGUCUGUGUUUGUGUUUGUGUUGUAUUACUGUAUUGGAAACAGUAAUGUAUAAUGUUUAAGAACACGUAUCAUUAUAUGAUGAUGAUAAACUGAAAUAGAUUCUGCUAAUUCCCAGGGUCUGAAGCAUUCCUUUUAAUAUGGACAAUCCCAUGGGGAUUGAUCCAGCGCUGCUGCUGUACACACCCGUCACACUUGCAUGUCUUCAAUGUUUCUCCUCCUCCUCCUUCUCCUCCUCCUCUGUGGGGAUUGAUACAGCAUUGCUGCUGUACACACCCGUUAAUGUAUCUGGAGGACUGGUCAUUCAUUAGUGCUCAAACUUUGUACGGGUGUCCAUUAGGACAUGUUCUAGAGAAUAUCCCAAUCUAGUAUAGAAAUGUUUCUGUACAGCUUCAAUUUAACCAAAAUAAGGUACAGCCACCAAAAAGGGUGCGUUUUAUAUUUGUAUUAAAUUAUAUAUGUACUUUUUUUAUUAUUAUUAAUAUACUUUGAAUGCUGGAUUUCAGCUGUCCUAUUUGUAUUUGUGCUGUGACUGGUUGUGUGUGUGGGAUUGGAGCGUUGUUUCUCACUGUGCUGUGACUGGUUGUGUGUGUGGGAUUGGAGCGUUGUUUCUCACUGUGCUUUGACUGGUUGUGUGUGUGGGAUUGGAGCGUUGUUUCUCGCUGUGCUGUGACUGGGUGGGUGUGUGGGAUUGGAGCGUUGUUUCUCACUGUGCUGUGACUGGUUGCGUGUGGGAUUGGAGUGUUGUUUCUCACUGUGCUGUGACUGGUUGCGUGUGGGAUUGGAGCGUUGUUUCUCACUGUGCUGUGACUGGUUGUGUGUGUGGGAUUGGAGCGUUGUUUCUCACUGUGCUGUGACUGGUUGUGUGUGUGGGAUUGGAGCGUUGUUUCUCACUGUGCUGUGACUGGUUGUGUGUGGGGGGGAUUGGAGCGUUGUUUCUCACUGUGCUGUGACUGGUUGUGUGUGGGGGGGAUUGGAGCGUUGUUUCUCACUGUGCUGUGACUGGUUGUGUGUGUGGGAUUGGAGCGUUGUUUCUCACUGUGCUUUGUUGUUAACUCUGUUCAGCUGUUUCUCUUUGUUACUUUGACAGGCUUGUUGAUUCAGCGUUGCUGUUUAAAAACCCUUCGCUGCCACACAGUGUGAAUUUGCUACCUGUGUGAGUUCACUGCUAUGUGACCACAGGCCCUGUUCACUAUUCCUCUCUUUAUAAGAGAUAGGUAUGUAACCCUUUUAGGGUGUGGUGAUUAAAUGCUUGAUUCAUUCCAGCGCGAGAGAGAGAAGCAGGACUUUAUCAGGGGUGGAAGCAGGACUCUUGUUGCACAGCAGUUUGAACCAUUUCAGGUUUUUCUAUGAACUUAAUUCAGCUCUAUUCAGCUUGUUACCGACAGUAUAUCAGCUCACAGUAAAACCUGCACUGUCCUGCAUUGGGAGUGUGUGUGCUCCCUCUCCUUGGUGUAUGGUGAUACAGUAUAUCAGCUCACAGUAAAACCUGCACUGUCCUGCAUUGGGAGUGUGUGUGUGCUCCCUCUCCUUGGUGUAUGGUGAUACAGUAUAUCAGCUCACAGUAAAACCUGCACUGUCCUGCAUUGGGAGUGUGUGUGUGCUCCCUCUCCUUGGUGUAUGGUGAUACAGUAUAUCAGCUCACAGUAAAACCUGCACUGUCCUGCAUUGGGAGUGUGUGUGCGCUCCCUCUCCUUGGUGUAUGGUGAUACAGUAUAUCAGCUCACAGUAAAACCUGCACUGUCCUGCAUUGGGAGUGUGUGUGUGCUCCCUCUCCUUGGUGUAUGGUGAUACAGUAUAUCAGCUCACAGUAAAACCUGCACUGUCCUGCAUUGGGAGUGUGUGUGUGCUCCCUCUCCUUGGUGUAUGGUGAUACAGUAUAUCAGCUCACAGUAAAACCUGCACUGUCCUGCAUUGGGAGUGUGUGUGUGCUCCCUCUCCUUGGUGUAUGGUGAUACAGUAUAUCAGCUCACAGUAAGUAUCGGUACAGAAAUGAUGUUUUGUGUGAGAGAAAAAAAGUGAUUUUAAAACAUCCUUCAGUCCAGGGCAACGUGGUUAAGAUUUACAACGACUGUCCAACCUCGCUAUGAUUGGACAGGGAAAGUUAGCCUCGGUGUGUGUGUGUGUGUGUGUGUGUGUGUGUGUGUGUGUGUGUGUGUGUGUGUGUGUGUGCGUGCGUGUGUGUGUGUGUUCUGAUUUGUAUUUUUUAUUGUAUUCAAUACUUCAUUAAGCUGGUUGAGCUUUGCCUUGCUACAGUUUUUGAAAUGAAACCUGCAAUAAUAAUCGUUGUGCGACAACCAAUGACAAAUAAAAAUAAAUAUUUUUACUCAA